UAGUGUGCAGAGCAAGGAAGUGAAGAACAGAAUUAGGAAAUGGAGAGUGAUUCGAGUGGCAAUCCCAAUUGGUUAUUUGAUUAUGAGUUGAUGACGGAUAUUACUUCUGCUGCCUCUGUUACUGUUGCUGAUUUCCAGACUCCAGCGAGUAUUGACUUCAGUUGGCCUGCUCAAACAAUUUAUGCUUCUUCUAAUCUCAUUGCAGAAACAGAUUACACAUUUGAGGAUUCAGAAGUCAGUAAGGAGGCAAGCUCACGAAAGCGGUUAAAAAGUGAAUGUUGCAGCUCUCCGAGAUCUAAGGCAUGCCGAGAGAAAUUGCGGAGGGACAGACUGAAUGAGAGGUUCCUUGAAUUGAGCUCUGUCCUUGAUCCUGGAAGGCCACCAAAGACUGAGAAAGUUGCAAUUCUGAGUGAUGCUCAAAGGAUUCUGAUUGAUCUGCGAACUGAAACUCAGAAGCUAAAAGAGUCAAAUGAAGAGCUGCAAGAGAAGAUAAAAGAACUUAAGGCAGAGAAGAAUGAGCUCCGUGAUGAAAAGCUAAGGCUAAAGGAAGAGAAGGAGAAUUUGGAGCAGCAGGUUAAAAGCUUAGCUUCAAAACCAGGUUUUCUCUCCCAUCCUUCUGCCAUGGGAGCUGCAUUUACUGCACAAGGACAAGUCGCUGCAGGCAACAAAUUGAUGCCUUUCAUUGGUUAUCCCAGUGUUGCGAUGUGGCAAUUCAUGCAACCUGCUGUUGUUGACACAUCUCAAGAUCAUGUGCUCCGUCCUCCAGUUGCUUAAGCUGGAUUUACCAGGUGACUUGCUACUGGAGCUUUAUUCUUUUUGUUGCUCCUGUGCGUGUUAAAGGUGACAGACAACUGAGACAAUUUGCUGGUUGUAUUUAUGUGUCUAACUUUAAUGUAUGGGUCAGUCCUGGCGGUUUGCUAAAUCGUGUAUAUGGCGGGUAUAUACUCACCCGAAAAACAGUUAUGUAUUAUAAUUCCCUAGAUGGGAUUCCUUCUGAAAUAAAUAAACAUGGUUUUAUGCA